GGCGGGCGGGUAUAAAGGCUGCAGCCGGCAGCGGCGUCCGUCCGUACCGCAGAGCCGCUGCUGGACGGUCGUUCUUAAAGGGCCCGCGAGCCGCCGCUGCCGCCGCCGCCCCCUCGGCCCGCCAUGCUGCUCCCCGUGCCGCUGCUGCUCGGCCUCCUCGGCCUGGCCGUCGCCGAACCCGCCAUCUACUUCAAGGAGCAGUUUCUGGACGGAGAUGGGUGGACCAACCGCUGGGUCGAAUCCAAACACAAGUCUGAUUUUGGCAAAUUCGUGCUGAGUUCCGGCAAGUUCUACGGCGAUCAGGAGAAAGAUAAAGGGCUGCAGACGAGCCAGGACGCCCGCUUCUACGCGUUGUCGGCGCGGUUCGAGCCUUUCAGCAACAAGGGCCAGCCGCUGGUGCUGCAGUUCACCGUCAAGCACGAGCAGACCAUCGACUGGGGCGGCUACGUGAAGCUGUUUCCCAGCCUGGACCAGAAGGACAUGCACGGCGACUCGGAGUACAACAUCAUGUUCGGGCCUGACAUCUGUGGGCCCGGCACCAAGAAGGUUCAUGUCAUCUUCAACUACAAGGGCAAGAACGUGCUGAUCAACAAGGACAUCCGGUGUAAGGAUGAUGAGUUCACACACCUGUACACGCUGAUCGUGCGGCCCGACAACACGUAUGAGGUGAAGAUUGACAACAGCCAGGUGGAGUCGGUCCUGGAGGACGACUGGGACUUCCUGCCCCCCAAGAAGAUCAAGGACCCCGACGCCGCCAAGCCGGAAGACUGGGAUGAGCGGGCCAAGAUCGACGACCCCACAGACUCAAGCCCGAGAGACUGGGACAAGCCUGAGCACAUCCCGGACCCCGACGCCAAGAAGCCAGAGGACUGGGACGAAGAGAUGGAUGGCGAGUGGGAGCCGCCGGUCAUCCAGAACCCCGAGUACAAGGGUGAGUGGAAGCCGCGGCAGAUUGACAACCCCGAUUAAGGCACGUGGAUCCACCCAGAAAUCGACAACCCCGAGUACUCUCCGGACGCCAACAUCUAUGCCUACGACAGCUUUGCUGUGCUGGGCCUGGAUCUGUGGCAGGUCAAGUCCGGCACGAUCUUUGACUUCCUCAUUACCAACGUCGAAGCCUAUGCUGAGGUUGGCAACGAGACGUGGGGUGUCACAAAGGCGGCCGAGAAGCAGAUGAAGGACAAGCAGGAUGAGGAGCAGAGGCUGAAGGAGGAAGAGGAGGACAAGAAGCGCAAGGAGGAGGAGGAGGCGGCGGAGGACGAGGACGACGAGAAGGACAAGGAGGAGGAGGACGACGAGGAGGAGGACGAGGAGGACGACGCUGCCCAGCCAAGGACGAGCUGUAGAGGCCAUGCUGCCCGCUGCGGGCUGGACUGCGGCCCGCGCUCCCGCCGCACAGCGGCCGCGCCCAAUAAUGUCUCUCUAGCGAGUGUCAUUUGUAACCCGUCCGCCUUGGUCGAAUGA